AUGUUCAAUGCCAUCAACGGUCUCGGCGGCGCGGGGCAGAUAGAAGAUGACGUGGAAGCGAGUGCUGCCUCAAAUUCCGCACUGUACGCUACUUUCGCUGUUGUUGGCUUUUUCGCUGGCACCGUCGUCAAUGCCCUCGGUAUCAGGAUUGCGCUCUCGUUUGGUGGUCUUGGAUAUUGCGUCUACAUCAGCUCGUACCUGUACUACAACCACGUUCACAAGGAUGGCUAUGUUGUCUUCGCUGGCGUAUUGCUCGGCUGCUGUGCAGGUAUUCUCUGGUCGGCUCAGGGCGCGAUCAUGAUGUCCUAUCCUACAGAAAAGGUCAAAGGUCGAUACAUCUCUUGGUUUUGGAUAAUAUUCAAUUUGGGUGCUGUUAUCGGCAGUCUGGGAGCAUUGGGUAUAAAUUUCCACGAAGUCGACUCGAAUGUUCCUGUUACCGACGGUACAUACAUUGCUAUUCUGGUUCUCACCUUCAUUGGAGCUUGCCUCUCCUGGACGCUGGUCGAUGCUAAGCACAUCAUACGUUCUGACGGUUCAAGAAUCAUCCUGAUGAAACACCCUACAUGGAGAAGCGAGAUCGUUGGGUUAUGGGAGACACUUCGAACUGACGUCUAUGUCAUACUGCUUUUCCCAAUGUUCUUUGCCUCGAACUGGUUCUACACUUAUCAAUUCAACGGUGUCAACCUACCACGAUUCAAUGUGCGUACUCGAGCACUUAACAGCGCUCUUUACUGGUUGGGUCAAAUGUUCGGAGCUCUUAUCUUUGGCUUUGCACUAGAUUUCCCAAACGUUAGGAGAACAAAUCGAGCGAAGAUAGCUUGGUUGGUCAUGUUCAUACUUACUUUCGCCGUCUGGGGCGGCGGGUAUGUCUUCCAGAUGCAGUACACCCGAGAUCACGCUCCGAGAAAGUACGAUUGGACAGACAAUGGCUUUAUUGGACCAAUGUUCCUAUACAUUACUUACGGUUUCUACGAUGCAGCAUGGCAAACUUGUGUAUACUGGUUCAUGGGCGCUAUUACGAACAACAGUCGCAAGCUUGCUAAUUUUGCAGGCUUCUACAAAGGGAUACAAUCCGCAGGUGCAGCCAUUAUCUGGAGUUUGGACAGAAGAAGGACACCGUAUAUGAACCUUUUUGCUUCAUGUUGGGUUCUGCUUGCAGGCAGUCUGAUCAUUGCGCUGCCAGUAAUGUUGCUUAAGAUCAAGGAUACUGUGCCCGUGGAGGAGGACCUCAAAUUCACAGACGAGAUUAUUGAAGACGUCAUGGGUCAGAGAAUGGUGCAUAAUCCUUCUCAUCGAUCAAGGUUUGAAUGA